GCACAACUUGACCAUGGACCUCGACGAGUCAUCCGCAAAACUCAUCCCUCCAGAGUUCCUCGCCGUCGUCCUCGCGGGAUUCGGCAACGAGCUCCUUCCUCUGACCGGGAAUUAUGGAGACGAGCCCAGUCCAAAGGCUUUGCUGCCCAUUGCGAACAAACCUAUGCUCGAGUAUCCCCUCGUGUGGCUAGAACAAUCGGGAAUCAAAGACGUGCUCCUCAUCUGCCCAACAUCGCACCGCGCGGCACUUUCAAACUAUAUUCAAUCAGACUCCUCCGCGUCCUUCCCUUCGCUCCAGAUUGACCUUCAGACAUUCGAGGAAUCACAAGAUCUAAGCGUAGGAACGGGCGCGCUCCUCAGACAUUUCGCACAUCGAAUCAAACAAGACUUCGUGCUCCUCCCUUGUGACUUCGUCCCGCCACCUACGCUUUCCCUCACCCAGAUUCUAAACAAGUUCAGAACUGAAUCCACCUAUGAUGGGGCUAUUGCCACAGCAUUCUUCUACGAAGGUCGCAGACCAGACAAGGGCAGCAGCACGGAUGAGUGGGGUCUCGUCCCAACACCCACCCCGAUCGUGUGGGACGAGCGGUCGGAGACACUGCUGCACAUUGACACGCCUGAUGACGCAGACAGGAAUAGUGAAGAUCUGGAGCUCCGGAUGAGCUUGCUUUCCAAGUACCCUCGGGUGAAGUUGUCAGCUACGUUCAUGGACUCCCAUGUCUACGCAUGUCGGCGCCAGUUUGACUCAAUACGAGAGGAGUUCAUCCCUUGGUUGUGCAAGCCGCAAUACCAACGCACGAAGUUGGAGAAGUAUGGUAGAGUUCUCAAUCCGGUCACGAAUGCGCUCACCCAGGAGCUCGCGCUCAAGCACUCGACGCUACACAGCAAAGCCCCGGUGCAUCUCCAACAUAAGGACGAAUUUUUACACAGCCCACCCUCCGAUGACCAGAACCAGGAACACACAAAGUCCCUAGUUUUAGACGAGGACGAGGAGGAAGCUCGAAUACCAGCGAGUCUUCGGAUGAGUUUGGUCGUUCACCGCGCCCAAGAGGGCUAUGCCGCGCGCGCAAAUAACCUUCACGCCUACCUGGAUCUGAACCGCCAUUUCCUGUCACAGCAGACAUAUUCACUGCCGACUGAUUCCGAUAGUCGGGCCAAGAUCGACCAGAAGGCGCAGAUAUCUUCUGACUCGAUGGUCGGACACUCUACCCGUGUCGAGGAGCGCACGAGCAUCAAGAAGUCCGUCAUCGGCAACCACUGUGUUAUUGGCAAGAUGGUGAAGAUCGCUGGAUGCGUUAUUCAGGACCACUGCGUCAUCGCCGACGGAGCGAAGCUCGACGGUUGCAUACUUGGCAAGGGCACAAAAGUCGGCGGAAAGGCUGAAUUGUCAAAAUGCGUCACUCAAUGCGGAUACGAAAUCGGUAUCGGUGAAACGACGCGGAACGAGAAACUCGACAUCUCUGAUUGGACGGCAGGACGUGGGUCCAGCGAGGAAGAAGACCAAUCCGAGGAAGAGGCAUCGUCUGAAGAGAGCGAUGACUGAGUGCUGAGUGCUGAACACUGAAUGGUCGAUUUAGUCGAACUCAGGAGGCAGAAUAAACAUAAUGCAUGCGUGUAUAGUACUCAUACAUUGUAAUACCAGACAGACAUGCAUGCUCUUUGUACAGUCUCGCGCUGCAUGUGGACAACAAAACAAUAAGCACAGUCAUAACAAAAUCGUAUACGCAUAAACACGUCCAAUGAUCACCGGUUCCUCUGCGCGCCCGCCAUCUGGUUACCGAGCCCCUGCGCAAAGCGAGCACCCCUGCCCCGCCC